AUGGCAAGUCUUGUGCACCACUUCUUCAAGGUCAAGGGCGGCACCACGGAGACCACUCCCACUCCCACUACCGCUACGACACCACCCAGCAGUGGAACGGCACACGUGGCGGUGUUGGGUUGUUGCCAUGGGGAGUUGGAUGCGGUGUAUGAUGCCUGCGCAGCCCACGAGGCGGCCACUGGCCAGCGUAUUGCUUUUCUCAUUUGCUGCGGGGAUUUCCAGGCCGUGCGGGGGACCGCAGACCUGCAGGGCAUUGCCGUCCCACGAGCCCAUCGCCGCGUGGGGGACUUCGCUGCUUAUUACCGCCGCGAACGACGGGCCCCAUACCUCACACUUCUCAUUGGUGGUAAUCAUGAAGUAUCUGAUUGGCUAGCCGAAGAGGCAUACGGUGGGUUCCUCGCCCCGAAUAUUUAUUACAUUGGACACGCUGGUGCUGUUAUUGUGGAUGGUGGCAUCACAGUAGCGGGGAUUAGUGGGAUUUAUAAAGCAUACGACUACCCACGACCGUAUCCAUCUAUGCCUUACUAUGCGUCAGAGACUGCCCUGCGUUCAGCCUAUCAUGUGCGGCGCAUUGAGGUGGAGAAGCUUAAGGCAUUUCUUCACGCAUUGGAAAGCGUCCAGUUGUAUCAAAAGGAAGAGAAAAAGGAAAAACAGCAAGAACACGAACAAGAGCAACAAGAGAAAUCAACACCCUCGGUAGGGAGUAACAGUGGCACCCUACCCUCUCACUGUGCUGCAGCGUUUCCUCAUGUAGAUUUAUUUCUCUCACAUGAUUGGCCUGUUGGAAUUACCAAAUAUGGUGAUGAGGCGCGACUGUUACGUUACAAACCUUUUUUCGAUGAUGAUAUUCGUCAUGGUGCGUUGGGAAAUCCUCACACAAUGUCUUUGCUUCGCGCUGGUAAACCGCGUUAUUGGUUGGCCGCACAUUUGCACUGCCAGUUUGAGGCUACAGUUCCUUUCAAGGAUGUUGACGACGCCGAUGUUGCUGCUGGUAUUCCCCAGUCGACGAAGUUUAUCGCCCUAGAUAAAUGCUCAAAGGGUAAAGGUUUUCUGGAUUUUAUUGAUAUUCCCAUUUACGGUAAAAAUCCCACGAUGGAGGAAAAGAGGGACGGAGGAGAAGAAGGAGAGGAAGAAGGAAUAGGAAGAGUUGUACAUCAUCCACUGUGGUUGGAAAUACUGCGGGAGACUCAUAGGUUGGUUGCAUCCAACGAUAAUACCUGGUCGGCGGAGUCUUCUGCAUUGCGGCAAUAUACACCUCAGCAGCUUCAACAUCUUGGCCUGUGGCUUCCAGCCAAGAACACCGUAUCGGUGCUGAAAGCGUUAGGACUUUCUACCUCUCCACUACAACAACAACAACAACAACAACAACAACAACAAAGACAAGAAGGACCUCGACAACCUCUUGUGGAAAAAAAGUGGUUACCGAGACCACCGGUAGACAGCAACAACCGCGUGGGUGAUGUACAAGCUUUGGCCAAAGGUAAGGAUACAAAACUGGAAGGCCUGACUACAUCUUCUUCUGCUGCUGUUAGUGCUGGUGGUGAUGAUGCUGCAGCUGAAAAUGAUAAUAAUGGGUUGGUGCGAAUUAAAAAAGACGCACCAGACGAGUGUGACUGGAUGGAAGACACUGCUGGUGCCUCAUGA